UGGCCAGUGCGGACCGGAAGUGGAUGGCGAGCCACUCUUCUUUUUGCUCCGUGGCAUUUUGCAACACAGGCUGUUCUGUUGCUGUGGGCUACGCUCCUCACCUACAGCCUCAAGAACAAACGGCGAGGGAAACGCGCAUGAUAAAGUGACGAUCGCAUGGAUUUACACGGCAAUAUUUUACCGAAUGAUACAGGGAGUUUUAGACUGGACUCACCAGAACUGAUUUGUCCCACAUUUCUCUUGAAACAUGUGUAGCAGAAAAAAAGCUAAAAAUGUUCCAUGUGGAAUCUGUGUGGCGAAUUAUGUCCUGAGUGUGUGUCAGAGAGGAAAGGGAAUGCAGACUGGUGAGCUUGAGCUUGUCUGAGAGCGUGAUGCCCAGAAGGGGGUUGCUGCUCCACGGCCGGGUCCGCUGGCUCUUCCUGGGCCUCUUACUGCUGCUGGUACUGCUGUUUUUCGCCUACCUGCUGGAGUGCACCCCUCAAGCUGACGUCAGCCUGGUCCUGCCCGGCAUAGCGGGGGAGCCUUACGGAAAGGAGUACUACCAGGCCCUGCUUCAGGAGCAGGAGGACCGCCACCUAAAUCGCGCCUCCAGUCUGAAGCGGCAAAUUUCACAGCUCAAGCAGGAGCUGCAGGAAAUGAGCGAGAAGCUGAAGCUCCUGCAGGACAAGAAGGAGCUCCCCGAGGUGCAGGGCUUGGCCGAGAACAAGGACCAAGAGCCGGGAGAUCUGCUGGAUUAUUUGCACUCCCAAAUCGACAAGGCUGAGGUGAACACGGGGGCGCGCCUGCCCAGCGAGUAUGCCCUGGUACCCUUUGAGAGCUUCACCUCGUCCAAGGUUUACCAGCUGGAGAUGGGACUGACACGACACCCGGAGGAGAAACCUGUUCGCAAAGAUCGCCGAGACGAACUGGUGGAGGUCAUCGAGGCCGCGCUGGAAAUAAUCAACAACCCUGACGAGGAGGACGGCGUGGAGGACGACGUGCCGAUGCAGAGGCAAACCUACAAGGAGGGCCACUUCAUAGAAGGCAUGUACAGGACUGAGCGGGACAAAGGGUCACUUUACGAGCUCUUCUUUGCGAAAAAGGAGUCUCGCACCUUCCGCCACGUCACCCUCUUCAGGCCUUUCGGUCCGCUGAUGAAAGUCAGAAGCACAACUGUCGACGCGUCUGGAAUAAUUAUCAACAUCAUUGUGCCAUUGGCGGGCAGAGUAGAAACCUUUUUACAGUUCUUGCAUAACUUCAGGGAGGUGUGUGUACAGCAGGACAAGCGAGUUCAUCUCACGGUGGUUUAUUUCGGGCAAGAGGGGCUUCGAGAUGUCAAAUCAUCUCUGGAAACAAUGUCAAGGGAGGAGAGUUUCUCUAAUUACACUCUGAUCCCAGUGGAUGAGGAGUUUUCCCGAGGUCGGGGGCUGGAUAUUGGAGCACACGCUUGGAGCAAAGGCGACGUGCUCAUGUUUUUCUGUGACGUCGACAUCCAUUUCACGUCGGACUUCCUUAAUACGUGUCGUCUCCAUGCAGAUCCAAACAAAAAAGUAUUCUAUCCAGUGGUGUUUAGUCUGUACAAUCCUGCCAUAGUUUAUGGAAAUAUGGAGCUGGCUCCACCUGUUGAACUUCAGCUGGUUCACAAAAAGGAUGCUGGUUUUUGGAGAGAUUUCGGCUUCGGUAUGACGUGUCAGUAUCGCUCAGACUUCCUAAAUAUUGGGGGUUUCGAUCUUGACGUGAAAGGCUGGGGUGUAGAAGACGUCCACUUGUACAGGAAAUAUCUUCGGAGUGACCUCGUAGUGAUCCGGACGCCGGUGUCCAGUCUAUUCCACCUGUGGCAUGAGAAGCAGUGCGCAGACGAGCUGACUCCAGAACAGUACCGCAUGUGCAUCCAGUCCAAAGCCAUGAAUGAGGCCUCCCACUCCCACCUCGGAAUGCUGGUGUUCCGGGAGGAGAUUGAGGCUCACCUCCGCAAGCAGGCCUUCAAGCCUCAGAGCAAAGCAGCGGACUGAGCUGCUCUCUGCGUGUCGGUGUCGCAUCAGCAUAAAGUCUGUGAAAUGCUGACAUUAUCAAUGCACAGCUGUAGACAAAUGAAUGUACAAAAAAAGAACAAUGUGGCUCGUUGAGCUACAGCAAUCUAAAAAGAGCAGGUGAUCACGACUUAGCCUGCUGCGUUUCUUAUACAUUUCCUCAAAAUAGUCAUUUUGCUUGGAGGUAUUGACCAUUUACCUGCUGUGAAAGGGGCCAAUCUAAGUAUCAUUUUGCUCAGUCCCGGUGUGCGACCUUUCAAGUGUGACCCGUCAAUAGAUUUCAGCAGUUUGCCAUUUCUUAAAUCAAGGUGAAAUUCCACUUCUUGGAUUACAAACCGAGUUACGUUACUUUUGCAAAUGAGGGGUAAUCAACCUUGUAAGUCUUUUGGAGCCAUAUUGUUCAGUUAGUAUUCUAUUUAUUAGCUGUUUGAUAAAAGGGACCUUUUUUUAAUUUUCUGUGAGAGUCGCUGUCUUAAUAGAGAAGCAUGUUAAUGUGAUUGGUGGUGCAAGGAUCUAAUGUGGGCAUGCAGAACUAAUAUUGGGUAUGAUUGUCCUGUAUUUUUGUUUUCUGAAGUGUGGCGUUCAUGCCCAGCAAAGCUUAUUGGCACUAUUUAUUCUCAGUACUGGACUGUGUUUGAAUGGUACGCUUGUAAAUAAUUUUACAAAAUGUCUUUUAUUCAUGUGAACCAAUUAUUUUGAUCUCGUACCCACGUUCUGAUGUUUUGACGCUGGGAGACUCCUUCACCUUUGUUCCAGAGGCCAUCUUACUGCUAAGGUUAGAAGGAUAAAAGUCAUCAGUUGACCCCAGAAACUGUUUCAGGGCAGGUGAGGAGUAGUUUUAUGUCUAAAGAUCAGUCUCACAAUGCUGUGUGGUCUUCAUGAAUGUUAACUACAGCUAUUAAAGCUUUUGGUAGAACAGUU